UUCUCCAAAGCUGGCUCAGGCAAAAUGUUCACAUUCUGGAUCCCUCUUUUAUUCAAUGAUAAUGGAAUCAUCCUCAUAGUGACGCCUCUGAAUAUUCUUGGCGAGAAAAUUCAUAAAAAAGCAAAAAUGCUGGGCUUCCUGGCCUACAAUCUUUCUGCAGAAAAUGCUACU